GGGUUGGGAAUGGUAUUGGCUCAGUUAUCAGGAAUCCUAUUAACCUGGGACAGGUUGUGUGUAGUAUGCUGGUUUUCUGCAUGGUGUGUGACUCAUUUUGGUGCAACUGAACAGAAGUACAUCAAAUGUGCAGUGUGAAUGUGGUCCUCAGAAGACCUUUCUUGAAAGACAGCAUUUUCCUCUGUCAGCCUAAGAGCCCCCUGUCCAAAGUUGAUUCCAAAGCCUGCAGACUUUUAUCAAGAGCUUCAUCUGAUUCCUAGAAACACUAAUGAAGGCAAUCCAUAUGAGCUCAGCUAUCCUGGCCUUCACCUGUUUCACACAGGCUUAUUAGAAUGCUUGUCCAGGUGUGCCUGUACUUCUAUUGCAAGUGCUUGUGGCGCUGCCUGAAGUUCGUGGUGAGGAAACUGACUGGACGAUGUGAGUUGCAAAGGAUCUGCUACAGCACAAAGCCUGGAGCUGGCAGAACUAUGAAAAUUGAAACAUCAUUGAGGAAUUCGAAAAAUAAGCUGCUUCAAAAUGCAGUAAGUGUUCAUCCAGAUGCAAUUGAGAAAACUAUAGACACCGUUAUGGAACUGAAAAAAAUUAACCCGGAUGUAAACCCACAGCUGGGUGUAUCUCUGCAGGCCUGCCUCCUACAGAUUGUGGGGUACAGGAAUUUGAUUGCACAAGUUGAAAAGCUGCGCAGAGAGCCCUAUGAUUCAGAGGAUCCCCAGCAUGAAGAAAUGCUGCUGAAGCUAUGGAAAUGCUUGAAACCUGAAUCCCCAUUGGAAGCUCGGAUUUCCAAGCAGUGGUGUGAAAUUGGUUUCCAAGGUGAUGAUCCUAAAACAGACUUCAGAGGAAUGGGCCUCCUGGGGUUAUAUAACUUGUUAUACUUUGCUGAGUGUGAUGCUGCUGCAGCUCAGCAGAUCCUCUCUGACUCCCUUCAACCAAAAUACAGGGAGGUCACUAAAGAGGAGCUAAGCAAAUGCAGCAAGGCUGAGUGGGAAAAGAAAAAGUUUGAUAAAGCUAUCGGAUACUCUUUUGCUAUCGUUGGCAUUAAUAUUACAGACCUUGCCUACAACCUGCUUGUGAGUGGCGCUCUAAAAACACACUUCUACAAUGUUGCUCCAGAGGCUCCAACGUUAUCCCAUUUUCAGCAGACAUUCUGCUAUUUAAUGCAUGAAUUCCAUAAAUUCUGGAUUGAAGAGGACCCGCUGGACAUCAUGGAGUUCAAUCGUGUGCGGGAGAAAUUUCACAAGCAAAUAAUCAAACAGCUCCAAAAUCCAAAUAUGGCUUUGUGCCCUCAUUUUGCUGCCUCAGAAAGCCUGAUCAACCUGUAGCCAUUAACUUUGUCUGAUUUUGAAAACACUGCCUCAUUCUUGUGUUAUGCCACCAUCUAGAGAUAAAUCGCUAAUGCAUUGAAUGACCAUAGCGAUUGUAUGCAUGCCUCUUGGUGCAGUAUUCAUUUUCCUCUCUCUCUUUCUGGCAUCUCCUCAGACCAUUCUCUUUGAGGAGUUUUGUCAUAAAAAAAAAGAGAGAGCUCAUAUUGCAGCCUUUUGCAGUGUUAAAACAUUCAUAAUCAAUCUCCCAUAUGAAGGGGUUUUUUCUAUUUUUAGACUCCCAUUUACACACACACACACACACACACUUCCCUUUUAACCAUAAUUCAGCCUUUAAUUAAAGAACUGUAUUUCUGUAGCUGUGGGCUUGUUCUUUUGGGUAUAUGUGGAAUAUUUGAGUUGAAAACUUGUAUUGUGGAAGCAUUUUAACUUAACCGAUUUUGUUUUAUGAGAAAUAAUGACUUUUUUGUUUUUAAAAUGGGCAUGAUCCUGCUGAUCUGGGGCACUUUCAGUUCCUAUUGAUCUGAAUGACAUGUGCUUAAAAAACCCCUCCAGCAAAAGCCAAUGGGACUUUGGCUGGAUGAUGCCCAGGGUUUGUACAUUAUUUAGAAGACGAUGUAUUGUGAUUUAAGCCUAAUUCAGGCAGAAUGCGUUAAAAUAUUUCUUUCCUCAUGCAACCAUGCAUGCUUCAUGGGAAAGAAAAUCAGUAAGAUUUAUGAUGCAAAUGUGGGAGUAAUUUUAAGCAAUUGAGGCUAUGCUGACUGUGGAAUCAUGAGUGUCGAAUGCAUUUGAAGGCAUUGGCAGCAUUGAUAGCAAAGACCAAAAAACAACAAUCUUCUGCCCUGAUGAGCAAGCAAGUAUGCAAAAAGGGGUUUACAAUCUCAGAAGUCUGCACUGGAACAUAACCACCUAUUUAUACCAUCACAGCAAAACUGAAUCACAUUGCUUUGAAAAUGCAAGGUUAGUGGUUUGUGCUUUUGCAUGUCCAAAUGUGACAUGAAAUGAUUGUGUGUGUUUUUAUACUUAAUUAGGGGAGCAAAGGGAGGGGGGAAAUCUAUAUUUUCUUCAUUUUUGAAAUAUUGAAUUUGAGGCUUGGAAUGUCGACUGUUCUUAAUGGAGGGCUGAGAGGAAUAAAUUAACAAGGAGGCAUGAAGGAAAUGAAAUAAUUGGCUGUUAAGGGUCAGACAAAGUGGUGGUUAUUAAGCAUUGGACAUCAGAAUCAUGUGCAUGCUGUGUGGGACUUCCCCAUAUAAACCCUGUUGAGAUGAUGGGUAGAUGCAUUUAUGUGCAACAAUGCUCAUGCACAUAAUUUUUUUUUAAAUGGGCUUGCAGAUGAUUGCACCCAGCACCUCUGACAUCACCUGUAGUCUAUUUCAAACUGUAAUUUACCAUGGCAUUUCAUACCCAUGGUAUUUUUUUUACCUUUUGAUUAUUAUAGGUAGUUUGUGAAGUUGCUUGCAUAGCAAGAUUGAAUCUGAGGUAUUGCCUAACUAUUUGUGGAUUAUAUGAAUAAAUUAAAUCACUCCAAACUGGAACGGCUGUGUGUG